CCAAUUAUACUACCUCCCAAGCACACUGUCACCGAUUUGUUGAUCCGCUUUUAUCACUUGCUGGAAGGUCACGCAGGUGUUUCUCAAGUUCUGGCGAGUCUACGCCGUAAAUAUUGGAUAGUUCGUGGAAUGGCGGCAGUAAAGCGGUUAAUAGGAACUUGUUGGACAUGCAAAAAAAGACUCGCCACUGCCGGUCAACAGCUAAUGGCACCGUUGCCGCUAGCCCGUGUGGAACGGGGAUGGCACCCCUUCAAGUUUGUCGGCGUGGAUUAUUUCGGACCAUUUAUUGUUAAACACGGGCGGAGACAAGAGAAGCGCUAUGGAUGCCUAUUUACAUGUAUGCAAGCACGAGCCGUACACAUCGAACUCUCACCUACAUUGAGUACUGACUCUUUUAUCAUGGCCCUGAAACGAUUUGUUGCCCGCAGAGGGACCCCGGCCGAAAUAUUCAGUGAUAAUGGGGGCAAUUUUGUGGGUGCUGCUACUGAGUUGCGUACUGCCAUGAAGAGCUGGUCACAAGCAAAGAUCAAUGAUAAGCUACUGAGUAUAGGAGUGCAGUGGCACUACAACCCACCGAUGGCCAGUCACAGAGGUGGUAUUUGGGAACGCAUCAUUAGGUCUGUUAGGCGGAUCCUGUUAUCUGUCGCAGGGCAGCAGACGUUGGAUGACGAGACACUGAACACUCUCCUUAUUGAAGCGGAGCGCAUCGUCAACAGUAGACCACUUGUACCGCUAACUUCGGACCCCAACGACCGCGAGGCACUUACACCUAACGAUUUGCUGAUAUUGCGAUCCAACGCAACGCAUAUAUUAACGGCCCUGCCUGAAGAAUAUAACCGCUGUUGGCGACAGGUGAAUUACCUAACUGCGUUGUUCUGGAAAAGAUGGGUCAGAGAGUAUUUGCCGUUGUUGCAAUCGAGACAAAAGUGGUUACACAGCAGUCGAAAUUUUAGACCAGGUGACGUGGUUUUGGUCUCUUCUGAAGCGAGCUCGCGUGGAACAUGGCCAUUGGGAGUUAUUGAGAGCUGCACUGAUUCUGGAGAUGGGCUCGUCAGGACGGCUGUUGUCAGAACAAAGGAAGGGUUGUACAAAAGAGACGUGCGUAAGCUCUGUUUGUUAGAAGGAAGUGACACGGGUGGGAAUGUAGUUCCGGCUGUUGGCUCUCCGCAGGUGGGAGGCGGGUCUUCGGAUCUGCUGCUCCAGGGAGGACCACUGUGAGUCCAACAGCCGAAGUGGGAGGGAUCAGGCGUACCGUUGUAAGUCCUGUGACCUCCCAUAGCGGAUGGAGUUGGCGUAGGGCGAUCCAGAACAGAACGUGUCGUCCUCAACCACUGGAAAAUCCGGGACAGAUUUUCGCGGGGGAGUGUAACGUCCAUUUUGUCAACAGCCAUCACCCUUCGCCUG